AUGGACAAUACACGACGUCGCUCUUCAGUUCCAGGAAGGGUGCACACCUCCGUGAUCGAAGAUGCGGAUGCGUUGGCGGCUAUGGGCCACAAGCAGGAAUUACAACGCAACUUCAGUACAAUAUCUAUGCUUGGCCUUGCGUUUGCCAUACUCAAUUCCUGGACAGCUCUUGCAGCUUCGCUGAGUCUCGCGCUGCCAAGCGGGGGUCCAAGUGCUGUCAUCUGGGGUCUUAUCACAGCUGGAUGCUUUAAUUUGUGUCUGGCAGCCUCUUUGGCAGAGUUUCUGAGUGCUUAUCCUACAGCAGGAGGACAGUAUCACUGGGCCGCCAUGAUUAGUCCAAAAGGUUGGAGCCGGGGUGUCUCGUGGGUGACAGGCUGGGUCAACGUGUCAGGCUGGAUUGCUCUGACGGCCACUGGUGGCCUGUUAGGUAGUCAGUUGAUCUUGGGUGUCAUCUCUUUCUACCACGAAUCGUUCGAACCGCAGCGUUGGCAACAGUUUCUCAUCUACAUUGCCUAUACGCUUAUUGCCUUCCUCGUCAAUACCUACCUGACCAGACUUCUUCCUCUAAUCACGCAAGCAGCUUUCAUAUGGAGUCUUCUUGGGUUUGUGGUCAUCAGCAUCGCGGUGCUGGCCUGUGCCUCUCCGAACUACCAACGGGCUUCUUUCGUCUACAGCGAUUUUAUCAAUACGACCGGUUGGCCCGAUGGUUUGGCCUGGCUCUUAGGCCUCUUACAAGGAGCCUUGGCAUUGACUGGUUUCGAUUCCGUAGCCCAUUUGUGUGAGGAAAUCCCGGAGCCACACCUGAAAGCACCAAAGAUCCUGAUAUACUGCAUAUUAAUCGGGAUGUUCACAGGCUGGGUUUUCCUGUCCUGUCUGCUGUUCGUGUUGACUGAUAUCGACUCAGUCGUGACAUCAACAGCUGGUCCUCUGCUUGAGAUCUUCUACCAAGCAACAGGUAAUAGAGCUGGAUCGGUCUGUCUGCUUAUAUUCCCGCUUGUCUGUUUGGUGUUUGCCACGAUAGGCAUCAUGUCUACCAGCAGCCGGAUGACGUAUGCUUUCGCGAGAGACAGAGGAUUGCCAUUCAGCAGAUUCUUCGCCAAGGUACAUGUAGGCUUGGACACACCGGUAAACGCUUUAGUUCUGACAACAGUCCUGGUCGUCAUCUUCGGUUGCAUCUUUCUCGGAUCGACAGCAGCCUUCAAUGCUAUCGUGGCUGCGUCAGUGGUUGCGCUGGGCGUUAGUUACGCAAUCCCGCCGGCAAUCAAUAUUCUAAGGGGUCGAAGGAUGCUGCCGGAAACGAGGGCAUUCAAGCUGCCAAAUUGGUUGGGCUGGUUUUGCAAUAUCGUUGGUGUCCUUUACUCGAUACUUACGACGAUACUCUUCGUAUUCCCUCCUGCCAUACCUGUUACUGGCAAUUCCAUGAAUUAUGCAAUCGUAGCGUUCGCAGUCGUUAUCCUAAUUUCCGUGAUUCAGUGGGUAGUAGAUGGCAGGAAGAACUACAAAGGACCACAGAUUGAUGUCGGAGCAAUGAUCAAUGGUGAGGUAGAAGGCCUGAAUGUGAUACCCACAAACGAGUCGAGUGGUACUGGUGUGGGUAAGGAGAAAAAAUAA